UUGUACAUUUGUACACAAUAGUGGCAACAGGGUCCCCACAUGCCACUUCCACUACUUUUUUCUGUUCCAUGAUCAGACCAAACACACUAAAUCAAAAUCUGCUAAGUUGUAAAAUUUUCGAAAAAUAUAUGUUAUAUGUUGUUAAAUAGAUCAAUAAUAUAUUUCAUCUUACAGUUGAAGCAUAUAUCAAGCACAAAAGUAAAAAAAAUAUCUUAAUGCAACAAUACAAUCAAUCUGGUGAUUUGAAGAAAAAUAAUAGAAAACAUACUGGUCACAAGCCACAUUUUUGUAAUGAAUGUGGUAAGAGCUUCGAUCAUUCAAGUGCAUUGAAGGUACACAUAAGAAUUCAUACAGGUGAAAAGCCAUAUUCUUGUAAAGUAUGUGGUAAGAGCUUCAAUCAAACAGGCGCGUUGAAGAAACACAAUAGAAUACACACUGGUGAAAAACCAUAUUCUUGUAAUGAAUGUGGUAAGAGCUUCUAUCUAUCAGGUGACUUAGAGAAACACAAUAGAAUACAUACUGGUGAAAAGCCAUAUUCUUGUAAAGUAUGUGGUAAUAGCUUUAAUCGUUCAAGUGAUUUGAAGAGACACAAUAAAAUACACACUAGUGAAAAGAAUAAAACACACUCUGUUGAAAAGCCAUUUUCUUGUAAUGCAUGUGGUAAGAGCUUCAAUUAUUCGAGUGAUUUGAAGAGACACAAUAAAAUAAAUACUGGCGAAAAGCCAUAUUCUUGUAAAGUCUGUGGCAAGAGCUUCAGUUAUUCAAGUGAUUUGAAGCGACACAAUAAAAUACACACUGGCGAAAAACCAUAUUAUUGUAAAGUAUGUGGUAAGAGCUUCAAUCAAUCAGGUGCGUUGAAGAUACACGAUAGAAUACACACUGGUGAAAAGCCGUAUUCCUGUAAAAUAUGUGGUAAAAGCUUCAAUCAAUCAAGUAAUUUUAUUAAACACAAUAGUUAUCAUACUGGUGAAAAGCCAUAUUCUUGUAAUGACUGUGGUAAGAGCUUCACUAUAUCAAAUGAUUUGAAGAUACACAAAAGAAUUCACACAGAUGAAAAGCCAUAUUCUUGUAAAGUAUGUGGUAAGAGCUUCAAUCAAUCAGGUGCGUUGAAGAGACACAAUAGAAUACACACUGGUGAAAAACUAUAUUCUUGUAAUGAAUGUGGUAAGAGCUUCCUUCAAUCAGGUGCGUUGAAGAGACACAAUAGAAUACACACUGGUGAAAAGCCAUAUUCUUGCAAUGACUGUGGUAAGAGAUUCACUCAAUCAAGUGUUUUGAAGAGACACAAUAAUAAACACACUGGUGAAAAGCCAUAUUCUUGUAAUAAUGUGGUAAAAGCUUCAAUCAAUCACGUGUGUUGAAGAUACACAAUAGAAUACACACUGCUGAAAAACUAUAUUCUUGUAAUGGCUGUGGUAAGAGCUUUACUCAAUCAAGUGAAGAUACACAAUAGAUUUCAUACUGCUAUAUAUGCUAAAAGCUAUAUUCUUGUAAAGUAUGUGGUAAGAGCUUUCAUCAGUCAGGUGAUUUUAAGAUACACAAUAGAAUACACAUUGGUAAAGAGCCAUAUUCUUGUGAUUAAUGUGAAAAGAGCUUCUAUUUGAAGCUUCAAAUAACCUGGUGAUUCGAAAAGAGGAUUGAGGAUUCGUAUUAGUAGAAUGUAAUAUGUAAAAUACACAUAGAUUAAUUUUAAAAACGCGUACAUCUUCCUUGAAGGCUGUCAACGCUCUUGUAAUUCCUCUGGUGUUGCAAGAGAAUGUGGGCGGCGGUGAUCACUUAACACCAGGUGACCCGUACGCUCGUUUGUCGUCCUAUUCCAUAAAAAAAAAUACAUUUAUGUUGUUGGGCUAUCUGUGUCCGUAAGGAAGGAUUUUUUCUGUUUCGUCGAAAAUUGUUGAAUUUUCCGUGUAGAGACUUGUAUGAUUACUGUAGAGUUGGGUGCUUACAAUUAAAUGUUACUCAGCUCUAUCAUAGCUGCCGUGCUUGUCACGGAUAUGUACAGUUAUGUUACUGAGUUACAAUUUGUGAUUGAUGUUUGUUUUUAUGAUUUUAUUACUGUAAAUAGUGCGAGUAAGUGUGCAGUAAACAGCAACUAAUUAUUUUUGAAGUAAUUCUUGUUUCGGCGCGUGAUGAAAGUGAAAUUUUAAGAUGCGCGUGCAUCACAGAUACACAAAAGUAACAGGUUGAAGUUGGUUCCUAAAGUCGUCAUUCGUUUUUUUUUUGUUUCUUCGUCCAUUACUAGGACAGGCAAAGGGUUCAAGCCAGCUGUAUUCAUUAUUUCAUAAUUAAUUGUCAAGGCCAUCUUUGCAAGAUUUUUACAAAAUUGUUAUUUCUAAAAACGUAGAUUAGCACGAGGAAUAAAUCAUUUUAAUGAUUUUUGCUUGGUUAGGCCAAAGAAGUAUUGCUUCUUGCGUGCAUACAUAAGUACACACACACUUAUUUUAAAUAACUGUAGAUAUGUUUCGGUCUUAGAAUAUAAUUUUAUAAGGUGGAAGAAAACUUUAUAUAUAUGAAAUAAAUUGUUACUUAACAAAAUAUUUGAUAUUAUACACAAAUAUGGAGGAACGACGACGUACUGGCGAUAUUUAGGACUGUUUUGGGAAUUGUAAAAAGAACAAAAGUGCGUGUGCAGCAAGAGCUAUUCUUUUAAAUCAACAACCACAAACCUAUUAAUCUGGAAAAUUCCUAAAGAUAAAAUACCUACCUUGUAGCUUACCCAAUAGAACAUGUUGCACCAAGGUAGUUAGAUACUUGGCUAUAGAUCCUAGUAACCAAUCCAUAAACAACAAAAAAAUUGCAUAGCUCUUGUUCUAAAUAGUAAACCAACACUGCCUUGAAAGAAAUCACUUUUUUGCGGACAAUCACUUAUUUUGUAUUAUGUUUUCUCACUAAUAACUAUUUUACACUUUAGGGUAAAUAAUCGAGAUACUACACCCCAAUUUGGUUUUACCACGGGAAAGUCAACCAUGGAUGCUGGAAUGGCACUUGUCAAACAUGUGUUUGGCUCCCAUGAUGCAAAACCCAUUUUCUGUGAACUUUUGAUUGCGUGGAUUUUAGUACACUUUUACUUUAGCUUAAGUUAUAUGGUCUUUGCGACAACAACCAAAGGCUCCGUAGUAGGCGUGCCACAGGGUUCGAUCCUUGGCCCGUUUCUCUUUUUAGUAGAUAUUAAACGAUCUCCCAUUUAUAGUAGAGAAACUUGAGGAUAUAGUUUUAUUUGCUAAUGACACGUCACUUUAUAUUAAAAAAAAAACAGAAAGACAAUACGGUGGAUAGCAAAAUGCUUAAUGAUACUAUGUUAAAAGUAUUUAUUUGGUUCACAAAUGUUUUGUUAAUCUCCCAUACGCUCCUGUGCACAAGUGUAUUUCGUGUAAGCGUUGUUCGGGUUGAUUCCAGCGGCCGAAUGCCACCACCGGACAUUACGUGCAAAGUACCACCCGCAUCACGUUGACGUCUGACAUUCCACAACCGCGCGUUUUGCUAGAAAUUUCUUGCCUCGCACAGCCACUUUGUGGAAUCAAUUACUGGCUGCAGUUUUCCCGAACAGAUACGACUUAGGAAACUUCAAGAAAAAUGCAUACUCCCACCUUAAAGGCCGACAACGCAUUUCUUGACACACCUGUUGUUGCGGAUGUCCAUGAGCGCUUGCCUCAACUCUCCCCAUAUCGUGAGCCUCUUGCCCGUUUGCCACCUGUUAUAUUAAAAAAAACAACAACAACAUUAUUUUAUAAUUUUUUUUUUAGAAAAUAUUUUUUCGAAGUAAAUCAUAAGAUCAUAUGAUAACGUUCACUUUAGUAAAAAUAAUACAAAGAAUUCAAUUCCAAUGUUUUUAAUUUGACGCGUUUAACAAAAUACAAUACACAAUUUCUUGUACAACUCUGAAAGAGCGGCGAUAUCACAGCACGAAUCUAUCAUAAAUCACAUUUUUUGUUGCCGCUGGUUGGUGGCUACUACGGGCGCGCGGGUCGUGUUGGCAUAUCAGAGGUUAAAUAGUAAAAAAAAAAACAAUUAUAUUCAUUUUCAACCGACCAAGUGUUGUUGCUAUAAUAUGUUAUAUUAAUGUCACCAUUUUUUUAUCAAUAAUUGGUCCAAGCAUAAAAUGGUGAGAAAAACAGGUAAAGGAAACGAUCGAAACGAUGAUACAAAGUCCUAAGACGUUACUCAAAUACAGAAGAUGAUAUUUCAAAUAGUUGUAAUAUCAACAAAUACUAUAGGAGCAACACAUAAUAAUAAAAUGUCUAAUAUCUAACCUUUAACGUAAUACUUUCGUAUUAUAGAACACAGAAAUAUAAAUCGUGCAUAUUAGCCGUAAUAGCGUAUGCAGACAGAUUCGUUCUUAAGAGAACAUAUUUAAUAUAUCUGAAUAUUAGCUCUGUUAUGAACCGUUUAAUAAAGCUGUACAUCAAGUCAUAGAAUCGUGCAGAUGACCAGCAGUCAUCUCAUCGUCAGCAGUCAAGCACCGUCUUCUAUCAUUCGGUUUUAAUGAAUGAGAGAAUGAUGAGGCUGUGGAAUGCGACAUGACAUGUUUUACUGCGAUAGCUAUAUUAUUAGAAUGAGAUAGCGCACAUUGUGUUUUUCUUAAUUGUAAUUAAUGAAACAUUUAACUAUUUGACAAAAUGUAAGCUUUAGUAUUGGUGUGUAAUUUCCUUGUUUGUAAGUAAUUUUUAUAAUAAGAAUAGUAAUUGGCUAAUUAGUUUUAAGGUUUCGUAAAAAUAUAGUGUACCUGAAUUUAAAUAUAUAUUUUGCUCAA